AUGUCACGUGCUCGGCACGUUGCUUUGAUUGAAGAAGAAGAGGAAGGGUUCCGUCUGCAUUCAUCGGCGAGAGAAGAGACGGAGAAGAAAUAAGGAAGAGAAGAAGGAAGAGGAUGAGGUCCGUGAUGGAGUUCGCAGAGAACCUGAUCCUGCGGAUGAUGGAGGAACCGAGAAGGAGGGACGAGGCGCAGUGGGAGCAUAUCUACGCGAUGCGGAAGCGGUGCGGGAAGGCCAAGGCCAACUGAAGCCUCCCCGCGCCCUACGGCUUCUGGACCUUAGACCGCGUCAACUCCCAGAUCAGCCAGGUCCCCGGUUGCCGCGAUCCCUACGACGACCUCCUCCUCGACCAGCCCUCAGACUUCCCUCCGUCUUCCUCUCCCCCCAAAUGAUCCGAUCCCAUCCAUCCAUCUGUUCAAUCCCCGUCAAAAAAACAAGAACUUCUCUGCUUCCACUGAAGAUUCCUUUGUCUACUUCACUGGUUGUUACGAGUUGGACUUACCUUGGAUGCUGCUGGUAGAUACCACACACACUGCAUUAGGAGUAUGGAAGGAGGAAACAACCAAGAUGAUGAAGAAGAAGAAAAUGGGGAUAAUCAACUAUUAAAUUAGUUUUCAUGCUUAUAUAGUUGAGCCAAUUACUUCAAUCUGCAUCGAUUUGGGGUGUGCUUAGUGGUGCAUAGCACUCACAUAGAUCACUUGCUAUAGUGGCAGAAAUCAUGGUUACUUGUAAAGCAGGCAUUGAUGUUUUCUUGAGAUGAUACAUUCAUGUCAAUGAGUUGUAAGAUUAUAUUGUCUAAACCUUGUACAUGAUAAAAAAAAGAUUGUACCAUUGUUUUUGGAUGUGUCA